AUGGACUCUCUGUAUCCUCGUCUUACUCUGCCCGCCGUUGCGCUUUCAUUGUUCGCCGUCUUCUUGUCGUAUGUCGUGAUCGGGAGCAUCGUCAAUUACCGCAAGCUCUCGCAGUUCAAAGGGCCACCGCUCGCGGCCUUGAGCAGACUCUGGAUCUUCCGCGAAGAGUGCGCCGGGCGUCUUCCAAAGUCGCAGGAGGAAGCGCUCCGGAAAUAUGGUAUGUCAUAUAUGUCGAAUCCCUGGAAGAGAACCCGAUCAGCUGACGGGGCUUCCAUAGGCUCUCCUGCAAGGAUUGGACCCAACCUGUUGGUAACCGAUGAUCCGGAUCUCAUCCGUCACAUGAACGCGCCGGGCUCCAAGUGGACGCGCUCGACAUGGUACGAUGCUAUGAAGCUGGAUCCGAGGCAACAUAGCGUCUUCUCAACUCGAGACGAGAAGCUGCACGCCGAACUGAAGGCAAAGGAAGCCACUGGAGUGAGCAUCGACUUUCCCACCAAAUCAACCAACCCAGCUGACAUCCGCAGUACAAUGGCCGAGACAUCCCUGGUCUGGAAUCUGACAUGGAUGAAAAGGUGCUCGAAAUGCUGGAUCUGAUCAAGUCAUCCUACGCUGGCAAGAUCAUGGACUUCGCCGAUGUCGCUCGCUUCUUCACUCUCGACGUUCUGAGCACCGUAGCCUUCGGGCGACCAUUCGGAUUCAUGGCAGCGAACGAGGACCUCUACGACUACAAUAAGAUCAGCGCUGGCUUCAUGGUCGUCCUCGGUCUGCAAUGUAACCAUCAUGGCCUGUAUCGCUUCCUUUCCCAGGAUUGGAUCCAGGCAUUAGUGGCACCUAAAGUGACGGACGAGAAGGGCUGGGGUCCUCUUCUGGCCUUUGCGCGGAAGGCGGUGUCUGAGAGAUAUGGCCCCGAUGCAAAAGCCAAAAAGGACAUGCUUGGAUCUUUUGUGGAGAAAGGGCUUGAUCAGACGCAGUGCGAGGUCGAAGCAUUUCUGCAAAUCAUGGCCGGCUCCGAUUCCACGACCGACGUCCUGCGCUCGACUGUGUUCCUGCUCGCGGGCAACCCUCCUGCGUACAUCAAGCUGAGGGACGAGAUUGAUACUGCAGUCAAAGCGGGUGUUGUGGCACCAGGAUUGGUAAUCAAGUACACCGAGGCGCGGAAGUUACCUUACUUGAGAGCAUGUAUCUUGGAGUCGUUGCGGCUCUUCUCACCUCUUUUCGGACUGAAGUCGAAAAGCGCCCCGGAAGGUGGAGAGAACGUCAAUGGAGUCUUCUUCCCAGAGGGAAGUGAGGUCUGCAUCUGUGACAAUGCUUUCAUGCGACGGAAGGAUAUCUUCGGGGAUGACGCCGAAAUCUACCGACCGGAGCGGUUCGUCGAUUGCGAUGAGGAGCUUGCCAACAGGAGGUUCCGCGCCGUGGAGUGUGCAUUCGGUACCGGCAGGUACAUGUGCCUUGGCAAACACAUUGCUCAGAUGGAGCUGCAUAAGGCCGUAUUUGAGGUGAGAGUGCGAUAUAGCCCGUGUAGGAACAGCACUGACUUGAAUCGCAGUUGAUGAGGAACUUCGAUUUCCAAAUUGCCGACGCGACGAAAGGCAUUACUCUCUUUCAUCACAAUGUCCAUGUCGCAUCUGACAUGAACAUGGUUGCACGGUCGCGAGUAUGA